AUGACACUAAAUGGAGUUUUGUCUACUGUCAUUGACGUUAAGUCUCCGGCUGACGAAUUCUUUAAAUCUAUCGUCCAAGGCGCGUUGAGAAUCCCUGGCAAAGACGAUUUGGAUACCGAGUCUAUACAUUGGGUGAAGAGGAUAAUUACGGUGAAAUUUAACCGUGAUGAAAUCUCGGAGUCCUUCAAGACCCCCAGAGGAACCGUCACUGUCACUCCUAAAGAAGAAGGCGAUGGUAGUCACGUAAUGUGCACCGUCAAGUUCGAAAAGAUUAACGAAUACAUCGAAGUCCCACAGUACCUGCUCGACGCGGCUCACAAAAUUUUCACAGAGAUGGAUGAUGACCUUCUUCAUUAA